CCUUCACCAGUGACGUAUGUGUCUGUAUUUUGGAGCACAAGCAGCUCUCCUCUUUCAAACUGCGCCAUUCAGCCUCCGACUGUAAACAUGGCGGGUACCGUGGCGAAGAAGUGUCUCAGUCCUCUGGGUUUCCUCACCAGGACGCUCUCUGCUCCCGAGUUCAUCACUCAGUGCUGCUACCACAAGAAGGUAAAGCUGUUGUUUUACUUUGGCUGUAAGAUGGAGGCUAUCUGCUGUUUGGCUAAUGUUUACAUUCAUUACUACGUUUAAGGGGUCAUGGUUAUAAUAAGAGCAUCACUGUCAUGUAACAGUGGUUUUAUGUGUUGGUUAACCACAGAAUCAUCUGUGUGAGACUGAUGUGUGUGGCCUGAGUAUUUCUAACUAAGUGACAUUGAAUAAUCUGAAUUAAAAGUUAUAUAAUUGAUUCUGGGCAAAUUGAAGCCAAAAUAGCCGUGAUAAUCUGCCCUACAGUAAGCCACUGUAACAGCUUUAAUUCCUGAAUCACAUCCGAGUUAAACACUUUAAGGGGUUUCAGUGCUGUUCAGGACGACAAAAAGAGCCAGAAACCUGGUCUGUAAUACCUGGUAAAUUAGUGUACCUCCUCUUUGAGAGAGCAGCAUCCCUCAGACUUUAACAAUGAUAAUAAUAAUAAUAACUUUAUUUUAUUUUUAUAGCACUUUUAAAAACAGAAUUUUACAAAGUGCUUUGACAUAUAGUCAUAAAGCACAUGGAAAAAGCCAGAUAAAAACAAAAAGCUCAUUACAGCCACACAAACACUCACCUUGACUUACAGUAUAUGAUGCAACAUGAACAAGAUUGUGUGAAAGUCAGUUAAAGACAUCCUCAGUUUAUGUUUAUUCUUUUGCAAGUUUACAGAGAUGCUGUCAGGAGUUUGAAUUUUACAUUUUAGUUGAAUGUACCUUAAUUUCAUGGUGUUUUUUUUUUUUAGCUGUGACGCACAACAACCUUGGCCUAUCACUUCCUAUUUGCCCAAACAGAACAGAAACUGUUACCAAACAUUUGUAAUCUUGACUGCUCUGAAAUGACAUUUUUACAAAGAACCUACCAAACUAAAAAAAGAUUCUUAUUUCAAUUUGGGUCCAAAUCCUUCAACAUAGUUUGAAAGCCAAAAAAAGUCAGCAGAAGAAAUAAUACAGUCAUUAGAAAUCAUAUUAAUAGACUCGAUUUUUUAGGUCCCAUGUUGCCCUUUUUGAGUGUCCACGCAUAUACAUGUUGCACUCAUAUUAUGUGGUCAGAGUGACUCAGCAGAAGAGAGGGGGAGGGGGGGCAGGAUGCAGGCCUCAGUCAGUACCAUGACUGACAAUGAAAUCCACUGGUAAUCUGUUUAUUUCGAUGACGUUUACGUAAGAUCCCAAACUUGUCGUUGUAUAAUCGUGAUACCCUUAGUUUGAGACAUUUUUGUCUUGUUGUCACAGGAUACAAAAAUAUUCUGAGGAUGUAACUAUUGUUUUACUUCAUCCAAUUUAUUCCAAUGUUGUGGAACACUGUCAACAAAAACCCACUAUGACAUGUUGUGUUUGCUUCCUAACACAAUGCCUCCUUUCUUGAAGGUGGUGGACCAUUAUGAGAACCCAAGAAAUGUGGGCUCAUUGGACAAAAACUCCAAAAAUGUCGGGACUGGUUUGGUUGGUGCUCCGGCUUGUGGAGACGUAAUGAAGCUGCAGGUCUGUUAGUCACUAAGUACAGUAUUACACCCUGAAGACCCAAUUGAGUGAAGAUCCACUCUCCCUAUGAGAUGACAUUAUGCUCUUGUUUUGUUAGGUUGAUUGAGUUUUUCGUUAUUUAGUUUCUCCUGUUUUUUUUCCUUUUUGAUUUUUUUAAAGUAUUGAAUUGCAGAAACACAAUUGGACACAUGUAUCAUUGUGGUCAUAGUCGUGUGAAAUUAUGUAAGAAUCUUCUCUCGCUGUGGCUGUAAAAUAAUCCUUUAACACUUAAUUUGACAGAUUGAGGUCGAUGAGCAGGGAAAGAUCGUGGAUGCCAGGUUCAAAACUUUUGGCUGCGGUUCUGCGAUCGCUUCCAGCUCUUUGGCUACAGAGUGGGUGAAAGGCAAAUCUGUGAGUAAAAAAAACUUCACACAUGAUGAUUACUUUUUUCCUGUGUUGUGAGUGUUUCUUAGCUCUUGCCUUGUAGUGACUGGAGAUAUUUCUCUUUGCAGGUGGAUGAAGCUUUGACGAUCAGGAACACUGACAUUGCCAAAGAGCUCAGUCUUCCACCAGUCAAACUUCACUGCUCCAGUAAGUUUUAAUAACAGGCUGUUUCAUUUUUUAUGUAUUUUCUAACCUUCAGCAUUGUAUUUACCCUCAACUUUGUCUCCUCAGUGCUUGCUGAGGAUGCCAUCAAGGCUGCCCUGGCUGACUAUCGCCUCAAGAACCAGGAUGACCAGCAGGAGGCAGCCAGAGCCAGCAAUUAAACAGCGCACCCACACACUGAGCCGGUCGUCACUGUUUCCUUCCUGCUGCCGAGAAGACAAGUAGCAGUAGUGCAGCAGCACCACUUCAGUUUCCUGCAGUAUACAUGAGACAAACCAAUAUAACUGAAGGCACCAACGUCAACCCACUCUAGCAGUGUCACACCAGGCUUCAUGUGUUAGUGUGUGGUCCUCUAACCUAAACUGUUACUGUCAGCCCGUCACAUAAACGCACAAUAUAAACACUGUUUGGAUUGUUGGUACAAAAAUGAGCCUUAUUUUUGAGAUUGUGUAAUCCUUUGAGAUAAAUGAUUGGGGGAGGAGUAUUGAUGGUGUGAAGGAGUUAAUGCUCAUUUCAACAGCAUUCCCACUGUGUCCUCCCACUUUAUCUGCACCCCUUGCACUGAUAAUUUGAUAUGCAACUGAGUUAAGUGGCUUGAAAAGAUAUAAGGGUCCAUGUUUUAUGUGUAAUUUGUAAGUUUUUAGUAAUGCGCCCUUUGCUGUCUGCAAUAAAAGUAUACUGAAGUAUAUUUUGUUUUGGGUCCAUGUUUUUUUUUUUUUAGAGCAGUCUGAAAAUUGGACUGCUGCAACAACACACCCUCUUGUAGGAUAUGACCUCUGAAAGUCUUUUUUUCUAUUAAUUUUUGUAGUAUACCAUACUAAGUUAACUGAAACCAUGUGUGUAUGUAGGGGUGAUAUUUGAAGAACACAAAUCACAUCACACCAUAAACAGGAAUAUGAUUUAUAACUAAAGCUUAUUACAUAACUUAAUACAUGCUCCUACUACAGCAUGAAUAGUAUAUAAAGUUAUAGCUUGGCAACAGUCGGCUGAAUGUGUCCACUUAUACUCUAUACAAACAUAAUAUGAUGUAAAUCACUUUUAUACUUGAAUCAAAGCAGCUUUGGUAGACUCCUAGUCUGGUGUCACCAGACUCAUCAGCGAGUCCUUUGGAGACACAUUUUGAUUGAGCUUUCAUUCAUUAAAUCAGACACUCAGGUGAGAGUAUUCAGAGCAGCUAGAAAGCAGUUUUCUCUCCUGCAAUGAGCUGAAGUGUGGCAGAGUCAUUGUGAAUAUGCAGAGAUGGAGGCCGCAGGCUUGUACCAGUCAGAGGCUCCUUUGAAUCGUCAUCUUGCUGCUCUGGGGGCUUCAGCUCUGUGCAUCCUGCUGCUGCUUUUUCACUCUCUGGAAGCUCACAUGGCUCUGUUUCCUCAGGGAGACUUGAAAGCUGUUGGUCCAGGAUACUGCCCUCUUGUUUGGAGCAGGCUUCAGGACUUUGGUCUGCUUCUUUCUGGCUGGGGUCGCCUCCAUCUGCAGCAGCUACAGCAGCAGCAGCAGAUUUAUUUGGUGUGCGCAGGCUCUUUGCAGCCCUCAUGAUGUCUGCCUGGAGCUGCUUAUGUGAGUCCACAAUCUGAACUUCCUGCUCAGGUGCAGCUUUUUCUGGCACUUCAUUAAAGAGUUUGGCCCCACCGGUUUUGUCCCUGUGGUCCACAUACAUUUUUGAAGGGAAAGAGGAAGGAUAGUAAGCAUUUACUUUGCGCCUACGGCUCAUGAAAAUGGCUCCGCAGACAAUGAGGAAGAAGAGAAGGAUGAAAGAGCUUGCGACAAGGAUGAGGAGCAUAUUCUCCUCCAUAAAGUCCUUAACCUGACUCAGAAACUCAGUUUCCACAUGUGUGGGGCUGGCAGGGGUGGUUUGGUAUUCUGAUGUACUGAAUACCAAAUAUGUCAGAGGAGAAGUGGAGUUUGUGAGCUCUUCCUCAUCUGUACUUCCCUCCAAGAGACUGAAGGAUGGUAGAGGUGUGGCCAAGCCGCUGCCGAGGCAAAACACCAAACACAGACUGGUCAGAUGAGAGGCCAUGGGGAGCAUCGUUCCCCUCACGAUCUGUAAAUAACAGUGAAGUCAGACAUUAGUGCCAUGUGCGCAAAACAUUUGCGUUGUCCAGAUGGUUAUUAUACUUGUAAAGCUCCUCUGAAAGUUUCAAGAUUUCAAGAAGACUCUGGAACUGGAUGAAGAAUAUUCUCCCUCUGAAGAUGGUAGAUGUCUAUGAAAAGCUUUAGCUUUUCUUGGAUUUGAUAUAAAACAAAAUUAUUACUGUUUUUAUAAUCAGCAACAGCUGUAUUAAAGGAAUAGUUCUUUUUUUUUUUAAGCAGGACUGAGCAAGGGAGAUGUCAGUAAAGUGCCCUCAUGAGGGACCGGUCAGCCGUGCAAGUGAAAUCUGUAUGUAGAUAUUUUUCUGAGCUUUACCUCACUAUCAGAGAGUCACUUUGUUUUAGUAUUACUUUCAAUGCAACUAAUACAAAUUCCUUCUCACUACUUUAAAUAAACUGAACUAUCCCUUUAAAUUAUGAGGCAAUGUGCUUUUCAAAAUUUCAUGUUUUCCAUUGAAUUGGACAGAGGACUGCUGUUUUUGGACUCCUAGUACAACAGAAGGUUUUAUAUCUUACAUGUUAAGCUGCUGCUGUGGGAGUAGGUGUACACACUGCAGAGUCAGCUUUUUAACCCGCCAUUUUACACCGAAAAGUUGACAGGAUGUUUGGUCAAAAACAUCCUUUCACAUGUUUACAAGAGAUAUUGCUAUGUCCACAGGAGGGUGCCAAAAUCAGCACAAACAGAUGCCCUCACAGGAGCUUUAAAUCCAUGAAAGCACCUCAAUCCUAUGAGAAGGCCUAUAAAGACAGAUAUUACAGGCAAUGUAUAGAAAUUAAUUUGGCAGAAUCUGGUGUGCUGACCUCUUAAACUUUUGCGAUUUCUGUUUAUCUUUCUGUUUCAGCUCCUGGCAAAAUCUGUGUGUAAGCUGGCAGCAGUUUACAUACUCUUAUCCUCAUUCUUCUUCAUCUGUGUGCAAGCUGGGCAACAUGAAACUGCUCUCAUCUGGAAAAAGAGGGGGAGUGGGAGCUGUUUUUUUUUUUUUUUUCAAAAUUAAUCACACACUAACCCUAGACCAAAUAUACACCGCCACACAUGCCCGUACAAUCAGACACAUAAACAUACCCACAUAAGGCCGCCAUAUGCACACAGACAGAGACAUACACACAUGGAAGGAAUCUCAAGUCAGCAGAUUUUAAAAAAUGAUCAAAACAUCAAAAAACAACAUGACCCAGAUUCUGUCUUCAAAGCUGAAGCUAAAGUGUCUUUUACUUUGAUAAUCAUGCUCCUUAUUUCCUGUGGCUGGAUGCUGCCCUGAAGGCAUCAUGAUGCUGUAACUUCACUUACAUGCAAGUACAAAACAAUUUAAAGAAACUCUCAAUUCCAGUUUUAUGUUUAUUUUGCAGGAAAACAAAGUGAAAAUGAGAAAUGGACUCACCGUCCACAGUUGCAGAAGAAGUGGCUCCACUGGAGUCGCCUCAGAUCGAGGAUGGCUGUAACCAACGUGGAAAAAGUGAACUGAGAGAGUGAGACGGAGCACAGCAAAGAGUGGCAAAAGCUGGCCAAGCCACGCCACUUCUGCAGUUUCAGAUUUCAGGCUGCAGAUCUGUCUGGGCAGCCACAAAAAAGAUGUCAUUAACCAGAACGACAAAUCCCUCCUUCUGCCUCUCCUCUGUUCUCCUCCCCCCUUUAGUUUCCCCCAAGAGUGUCUGCGCUCUCUGGCCUGCACACAGAUUGUUCUUGUUAGGUAGGAGUUUAUAAUGUGCAGUGGGGGCAGGGACCUCUCCUUCAGUCUCCUGUGCAGCUGACUGGACGAGUGCAGAACGACUUACUCUCAAAAAGAUGAUGAAUCAACUCUCACACAUCGGCUGCUCUUAAUUUCUUCAUCUUUGAGCAGGAGUCUUAGGAUUGACAUCCCAGCUCUAACCAAACUCUAACCUCA